CAAAUGUUUUUCAUUGAGACAGUAACUAAAAUUAAAGAUAGCCUAGUAAAAAGAGGGUUUUCUAGUUUUCAGGAUGUUUAUAAAAGCUAUGGUGUGUGUCAGUUUCCCUUCCUUUUGGAACAGUUUUAAUUCUAAGUGGGAGAGAUUGCUGUUAUAAAGAUUGAUCUCCAGUGUCCAGUAAAGUCGGUGAAUGUGCCUACGUGAUUUACUCUCAGUUUUGUUGGAGCUUUAUCACUGAUCAUACAGAAUCUUUCCGGUCUUUUUCAAGUAACAUGUUCAGUGAUCAAUGGAUUUUUCAUAUUUUUAUUAUUUCCUGCAUUAUCACACAAAUUGCUACUUCUGACAGUGAUAAUGAUGUGAUUGUAAUAAAUGUAGCUUCAAAUAGAACCGAUGGAUACGAAAGGUAUUUGCGAUCCACUAGAGUAUAUGGCUUUGAGGACAAAGUGAUAACCCUAGGUCUAGAUAAACCAUGGAAAGGAGGAAAUAUGAACAGUGUUGGUGGGGGAUAUAAAAUUAAUCUCCUGAAAAAAGAAUUAAAGAAGUACAAGAAUGAUCAAGAAAAGCUUAUUAUAUUCACUGACAGUUAUGACGUAAUUUUUUCAUCGGACCUGGACACCAUCAUCAAAAAGUUUAAAAUCUUCGACGCUCGAAUAUUAUUUGCAGCAGAAAAGAGCUGCUGGCCAGACAAGGAACUCAAAUCCAAAUAUCCAAGUGUUUACAAUGGAGAUCCUUAUCUUAAUUCCGGUGGUUUUAUUGGAUAUGCUUCGGAUUUAUAUGAAAUUCUAAAUACUCAAGAAAUUGGAAAUACUGAUGAUGAUCAACUUUUUUAUACUCAUAUUUAUUUGAAUCUUGAAUUGAGAAAUAAACACAAAAUCAAAUUAGAUCAUAAAUCGGAAAUAUUUCAAAAUCUACAUGAAUCUACGGGAGAUAUUGAAUUAAGAUUCAAAGAGAAUGAAGCUUACAUUCAGAACAUAGCACACAAUACUGUACCUUCUAUAAUCCAUGGAAAUGGUCUGAGUAAAACUAUUUUCAAUUCUUUGGGAAAUUACCUGGCCAAAGCAUGGAGUCCAGAAGAAGGAUGUAUGAAUUGUUGGGAUAAAACAAUCGAGCUUCUAGAUGAAGAAGUUGAAACAUACCCACCCAUUGUUAUUGCUGUAUUCAUUGAUCGUCCUACGCCAUUCUUGGAAGAAUUUCUUGACAAAGUUCAGAAACAAACGUAUCCAAAGUCCAAAUUAUUUCUAUUCGUUUAUAAUAAUGAAGUCUAUCAUGAUGGUCUCGUAAGGAGUUGGAUUGAUAAGUACGGUGAUAAAUACAAAAGCUUGAAAGUCAUUCAUCCAGAUGAUCAAAUUGAUGUAUCGACAGCAAGAAAUUUAGCUCUAAACUACUGUCUACUAAAAGAAUGUUCUGGGUACUUUUCCAUUGAUUCAGUGGCUCAUUUGGACAACGAAUAUACUCUAAAACUCUUAGUUGAACAACAAAGAGGAAUCGUAGCACCAUUAUUGGUUAGACCUGGUAAAACUUGGAGUAACUUCUGGGGUGCGGUUGCUGAUAAUGGUUACUAUGCUCGUAGUUCUGAUUACAUGGAAAUUAUUGAAAACAAACGCCGAGGACUAUGGAAUGUUCCAUACAUCAAUAAUUGUUACCUGAUCAAUGUAACCAUCAUCGACAACCCAGCAACUCGACCACUUUAUAACUAUGAGGACUUGGAUCCAGAUAUGGCAUUUGCUGUGACCAAUCGAUAUCGACAAAUUUUCAUGUACGUUAGUAAUCGAUUAGAAUUCGGACACUUGGUGAAUCCUGAAUACUUCAAUACUCAAUAUACAAAUCCUGAUGUUUAUGAAAUCUUCAAUAAUAAAUAUGAUUGGGAAAAACGUUACAUUCAUGAAAAUUAUUCAAGUAAUUUUGACCUGGAAGCUCCACCACAUCAGCCCUGUCCAGAUGUUUAUUGGUUUCCAAUUGUCACUGACAGGUUCACGAAAGAAUUCGUUGAAAUUAUGGAAGCAUACGGACAAUGGUCAGAUGGAUCAAAUAAAGAUCCAAGGAUUGAAGGCGGGUACGAAGCAGUUCCGACUCGGGAUAUUCAUAUGACCCAAGUUGAUCUGCAUGAAGCAUGGUUAGAGUUUUUGCGGAUAUAUGUAAGCCCAUUGCAACAACUUGUCUAUCUUGGAUAUGAAGACUACCCUCCAAGAUCUUUGAUGAAUUUCGUAGUGAGAUACAGGCCAGAUGAACAACCGUCUCUUCGCCCUCACCAUGACAGUUCAACUUACACAAUAAACAUAGCAUUAAAUCAAGUUGGUGUCGAUUAUGAAGGAGGCGGAUGUCGUUUUCUUCGAUACAAUUGCUCAGUCACCGACACAAAACGAGGCUGGAUGUUAAUGCAUCCGGGUAGACUAACGCAUUAUCAUGAAGGGUUAUUAGUAACUAAAGGAACGAGAUACAUCAUGAUUUCAUUUGUGGAUCCAUAAUAACUUAACUACCAAAGUGAUGAUAAUUUAUAUACAUUUAUAAAUUCACUUACAUUAUGUUAUUCAUGUUUUUUUUAAAUCUAUGACGUCCAAGCAUCAAUUUAAAAUAACUCAUUUUUCAUUAGUUUAAUUAAUCCGUUAUUUUUGUCCACGAUUAUGAAAGUGAUAUUUUUUUACUAAAGUAUAUAUGAUAUGUAAUGAAAUGAAUACAAGUUAAUAACGCAGUUUGAAUGUUUAUGUAUAAAUUUUGACAAAUAUUAUAUGUAAAUAAGAUAAAAAAAAAUAAUAAUAAAAAUAAUAGAUGUAAAGGUUGGAUAAAAUUUUAACAUUUUUUAGUAUAAAUACUUUUUUAUAUUUUCAUAAAUCUAGUAUUAUACAACUAUGUAUUAAUAUAAUUUUUCUUCAAACAGACAAAACAAAUGUGGCAGUUGACAUAUGAAAAUAUCGAAGAUGUGUAGUUUCUAGAUAUUCCCCCGAAUAAAAUAUAUAAAAUAAAA